GUUCUUGUUCUACUUGUCUUCUUCUCUCAUUCACAGUGUUUAUUUACACACAAAUCUCAAUCACAAAACGCAAUUUGAUUCUUUCUCCUCUAAUCUCUCUUCAUAGUUUCAUCCUUUUCAAUUCCCAAACUCACCCCUUUGAAAAUUACUGCAUGUCCAUGGCUUCUCUCAAUUUUCCUCUUCACCCUCCACCUUCUCUCACUCACUCUUCUUCUACUUCUUGUUCCAUUCCAAAGGGUUUUGUUCCAUGCUACAACAUCCAUGCUCUCAAGCUAAAGGGUCACCUUCAAACCUCUCAAAGCAGGCGUUCUCUCCUUGUUGUGAAAUCUGCUGUGGGUGAGGGCCGUGAGGCCUCUGUUGUUGACCCUCCUCCAUCUACACCUGACUUCCCAUGGGACGCCCCUUCUAAAUCGACUUUGAAGUUCAAUCUUCUGAGUGCUGUUUCCGGGCUAAAUAGAGGUCUUGCUGCAAAUGAAGAUGAUUUACAAAAGGCAGAUACUGCGGCUAAGGCACUUGAAGCUGCUGGAGGAGUAGUAGACCUCUCAGUUGAAAAUAUUGAUAAAUUGCAAGGAAGAUGGAAACUGAUAUAUAGCAGCGCAUUCUCGUCCCGUACACUAGGUGGGAGCCGUCCUGGCCCUCCCACAGGAAGGCUUCUUCCUAUAACUCUUGGACAGGUUUUUCAACGAAUUGACGUCUUAAGCAAAGAUUUUGAUAAUAUAGUGGAGCUUCAAUUGGGUGCUCCAUGGCCUCUACCGCCCCUCGAAGCAACUGCCACAUUAGCUCACAAAUUUGAGCUAAUAGGAUCCUCCAAGAUCAAGAUAAAAUUUGAGAAAACCACUGUGAAGACAUUGGGGAAUUUCUCACAGUUGCCACCCUUAGAGUUACCUCGAAUCCCAGACGCAUUAAGGCCUUCAUCUAACAGAGGAAGUGGUGAAUUUGAAGUUACAUUUCUUGACUCGGAUACACGCAUCACGAGGGGAGACAAAGGCGAGCUAAGGGUCUUUGUAAUUGCAUGAGUUCUCUAUUGGACUUAAAAAUCUCCCAACACCAGUGUCUAUCAUCUUUCUGUUUGUUUAUUUUCUUUUCUUUUCUCUGUUGUAACAUGUAUACUAUGUAAAACCACACUUUGUAGCUCCAAGUGAACAUGAUACUUUUUGUUUAAAUGUAACAUAUAUACUUCAACUUUAAAGAAUAAAUUCUUACUGAUCA